UUCAAAAUCUAAACAAACUCGGCAAAGGGUCCAAAGUCCAUUAAAAAUUCAACUGACGUUGAGAUAGAAACCUCUGCAAAGUCUAUAAAGUGACUUUCUCUUCAAGUGAUCAAGUUUUUUUUUUAAUUUCAAAAGAUUGGUUUUACUUUUUAAAUUAUUCUCUCAAUAAAUGAGUAUUUAAAAGAACUAAAGAUCGGCAUUUUUGUUCAGUGUUUGAUCAAUACCUAAUUGAUAUCUGUUAGCCAUGGCUGAAGCAAGAGCUGCUGCAAGUGAACCUCAAGUUCGAUAUCGAGCUGAAGGUACUAGCAAAGUUGAACAAGAAUCUAGAGUAGCCAAAAGUGUGUACCAGGACUUGAUGUUGUGUGCAUUUCGAACUAAGCGUCAAAUCUACAAUGGGCUUUGGCCUACAUCUUGGGAUAACUUAUUAGCUGCAUUAGUGAUUGUCUUUGUUGCUAUAACUAUAGAUCAUCCAAAGCUAAAUAUGAUUACAAGUUAUUUUUGGCAGUUUGGCAAUUAUAUUCAUCUUGAUGACAGUUACAAUUAUUAUUUUAGAGCUUUCAUGAUUUCUCUCUUAUCAUCAAUUGUUUAUUUUAUUGUAAUUCUUUAUACGAGGCAGUAUCUUCUAAGAUUAUUGUUGUCUUACAAAGGGUGGUUAUAUCAACCACCUCGAUCUCAAAGCAUUGUUGUUUUAAUUUGGAGUAUCUUAGUGCGCAUAGUAAGUGGAAGAUCUCCUCGCUUAUAUGCUUAUCAAAACAGUCUCCCAAGAAUGAGUGUUCCUCCUCUUAAAAGUACUGUAAACAAACUUUUAACAUCUGUUAAACCUGUUUUGGAUGAGGCAGUCUACAAAAAGAUGAAAGAAGAUGCAAAUGAAUUUUUAUCAACAAUUGGUCCUAAACUACAAUGGAUUCUACAGUUAAAAUCUUGGUGGGCACCAAAUUUUUGCACUGAUUGGUGGGAAAAAUAUGUUUAUUUAAUGGGGCGUGAUCCUAUUGCAAUAAACAGUAAUUAUUACUGCCUUGAUCAAGGAGGUUGGAUUCCCACUCGUAUACAGACAGCUCGUGCUGCUGGUUUUACUUGUUUGUUAUUAGACUUUAAACGUCUAAUCGAAACAGAAAAACUUGAGCCACUCGCUAUUCGAAAUACUAUACCUCUAUGUAUGAUUCAAUAUCUGAGAAUGUUCGGCACAACCAGGAUACCUAAGCAAGACCAAGAUAAACUACAACAUUAUCCAGGUUCUGAGCAUAUUGUUGUGUUAGCUAAAGGUCAUUUUUAUAAACUUUAUGCUGUUGAUGCACAUGGAAAAAAGUUGAGUAUUCUUGAUCUGCAAUCUCAAUAUGAUUGGAUUUUAAAAGAUGCUGAAAAACAAACAGCAUCAUGUCCGGCAGAACUUCGUAUUCCAGCACUUACUGGAACUGAGAGAAACAAUUGGGCACGAAUUCGCAGAGAUCAUUUUUCUACAGGCAUAAACAGUGAUUCAUUGCGAGCCAUUGAAGAAGCACUUUUUGUUGUUGUUUUAGACAAUCAUAUUUGCCAAGAUAUUACUGAAAGAGGAAAACAUUUGCUUCAUGGUGAUGGUGCUUCAUUAUGGUUUGAUAAAUCUAUGACAGUUGUUGUUUUUAAAGAUGGUCGAAUGGGUAUGAACUGUGAGCAUUCAUGGGCAGAUGCCCCUGUCAUUGGGCAUUGUAUGGAGUACUGCCUAACAAAUGAGUAUUUGCACAGAAUGUAUAAUGACCAAGGUUACUGUAAACCAUUUGCUUCUGCAGAAUCUGACCUCACUCCUAAUUCAAAGGCACUAAUCACACCUAUGCAUCUAUAUUGGGAUAUUAACAACGAGUUGGAGAAAAAUAUUAAUGAUGCUUUUGCAUUCUGUUUAAAGAAAAAUUCUGAUUUGUCUUUGUGUGUCAAAGCGCACACAGCAUUUGGCAAGGGAUACAUUAAAACUACCAAUAUGAGUCCUGAUGCUUUUGUGCAGAUGGCUUUGCAACUUGCUUAUUAUAAAGAUUCUAUUGGUAAGUUUGCAUUGACCUAUGAAUCAUCUAUGACUCGCUUAUUUUUGCAUGGACGAACAGAAACAGUACGUUCAUUUACUCAAGAAUGCAAAGAUUUUGUACUGAGUAUGAAUGACACAAGUGCAACUGCAGAAGAGAAAGUUAUGCUUAUGAGAAAAGCUGCAGACAUUCAUCAGACACUUUAUCGAGAUUGCAUGAGUGGUAAGGGUUUUGAUCGCCACCUGUUCGCUCUUUACAUUGUUUGCAGAGGUCAAGGAUAUGAAAGUUCUUUCCUGAAAUCUGCAUUGCAGUUGCCUUGGACUUUAUCCACUAGUCAGCAACCUCAGCAACAAAUGAAUAAGGGCAUUGAUAUGAGUAUUCCUGAAACACGUGAGAAUCAAAGUCCUGGUGGUGGUUUUGGUCCUGUUUCUGACUCUGGAUACGGCGUUUCAUAUAUGAUUCCUGACGAAAAGACAAUUUAUUUCCACGUAUCUUCUAAAGUUUCGUGUGCGCUUACUGAUAGCAAACGUUUUAUGGACAAUAUAUUUUGGGCACUUAGCGAAAUGAAACGAACUACAGAGCAAGUAAAAAGCAAAAAAUAACUUAUACAUUCAAAAAAAAAAAUUUUUUUGUUGGUGUUUUUAAUUGUAUAUAAGUAAGUUGCUCAUUUGGAACUAAUAUAUCUUUUUGCUUGUUCGCUGAACGUACGGCUGUAUAAAUUUUAUUUAAUAAAUGGCAUGUAGUGAAACUCCAUAUUUGUAUAUACAACUAUUUUGUCUACGCGUUUUUAUUUUAUUAUUUGUUAAACUAAAUUUGUAUUUUAAUCAUUAGUUUAAAGUAUUUGUUUUAUUUUACUUGUAUUUUUUUAUAUAGCAUUUAAAGUAGAGAAGAUAAACAAACUUUCAUAAA